AUGGCGAAGCGCGGCGUCCAUUACGAGGACCUCCUGCCUGUCCCUACGGAGGGCAUGGCACCCACAGACCCAGACAAGAGGGAGCGCAGCACCAGCAUGGCCGAGGGUCCCACACUCAGCCACGCACUGGCACAAGACCAUACCGACCACGGCGCCGUCUCUCUAUCCGAUGAAGGGGCAGAAGUCGUAAAUCUCGGCUGGAAUGAGCCACCAGAGAAGAUACCGAAGCCUCUUGUUGGAGGCUUGCCAAACGAGGAGCUGUGGUUGCUUGUUCGGCGCUUCAACAAGCAAAUGUACCAUGUUAAGGAAACCCUCCAUCCUCCUCCCGGUGGUCUAGAUAUGUACGUUGCGGAUGAGGAGGAAUUCUCGCCGGACAAGCUACGGAGCAAUCUUGAGCGUCUCUACAUGACUGUCGGUAUCGGUAUCAUGGGAUUUGGAAAACACAUUGCCCGCCUCCGGUCAUGGCGCGAAACCAGGCGAACAGCCUGGUUCUGCACAGCAUACUUCCUCGCCUGGAUGUUCGAUUUCCUCGUCCCCCUCUUUUCCUUAAUGUUAAUCGCUCUGAUCGCCUAUCCGCCGUCCCGCGAACUUCUGUUCCCUCCUGCGCCAAUUGCUCUUGUUAGCGGAAGCGGCGGAGUGCAGAAGCCGAAAGCUGGCGUCUUGGGUAGCCAUGACAGCGCGACGGGUGCGCCAGAGAAUCACAAGGGCGAGGCUGUCGAGAACGAAGCAAGCAACUUCGUCAGCAGCAUCGCAGCUGUCGCCAUCAGCAGUGCUUCCGGCAAACACCCGCAGAACGAACCAGAAGACAACGAGAAGGGCACCGCCCAGGAUUCUGUGCCGGACCCUACGGCGCUUGCCAUGGGCGCUGCUAAAGCCAAGGACAAGGCUGACGGAAAAUCGACUUCGGCCACACAUGACAAGACGAAGGUGCCGAUGGAGACUGCUAUGUGGACGAAGAUGAGGCCGGUCAUGCACGGCCUCGGAGACCUGACGGAUACAUGGGAGAGAUUUGCAAAUGCCCUUGAGCCAACACCGCCCUUCCCCAAAGAUCUUUACCGGUUUCGUCUAGCCGCCGUUGUCCUCCCGAUGUUCGCCGGGUCCAUUUUUAUCUCCUCCUACAUGUUCAUGAAAGGGGUUACAUUCGGCGUCGGCUUCGGUUUCUUUGGCGAUCCCAUCACCAGACGCGGACUUGAAUGGCUAAACAAGAACUACCCGAACUGGAUGAAGUUCCUCGAGCUGCGGAACAACAUCCUCAAGGGCGUCCCCACCAACGCCCAACUCACCAUCACCCUCCUCCGCAUCGGCGAAGCGAACCACGCACCCCUCCCACCCCCUCCACGAACCUCCGCACCCCCACCCGAAGAGUCCGCCGAAGUCUCCGAGGAGAACCUCCGCGCCACCGGCGCAGACUACCCCCUAAACGCGACCCAAGAAGAACUCGACGAUGCCAUGACGCCCGACCCAUCCGUCGCGCACCAGACGGGCGGCUCCGACAUCGACGCCUCGAAAAACAGCAAGCACGGCCACAAAGGCAGCAAGAUCCUCGGCUUCUUCAAAGCCACGGCCAAAGGCGCCGUCGAAACCGCCAUCGGGGCCGACAGGCUGAAAGCAAAGGUCGGGAGCGAGCACGCCAAGGACAGGCUGGGCGUUAUACCAGAUCCGAAGGAGGACCUGACGAGUGGGCCCGUGGAGUUCAAGUGCCGGUACCACGGCAAGAAGGGCCAUCUUUACAUCACAUCCAAAACGACGGCCCCGCCCGCUGUGCACUUUUCGAGCGACUCGAGUAUCGACAAGCUGGGCACCAGGGAUAGAGAGGAUCUGCACCCCGAGUGGAGCCUGCCGAUCAGCGAGAUCAAGGAGUUGAAGAAGAUUGGCGGGUUUGGGUGGAAGGCGAAGUUGGUCGUUGGUUGGGCGUUGGAUAGGGAGGUCGCGGACGGCUUGGAGAUUGUGGAUCGGAGGGGUGUGAUGUGGAAGGUUACGGCGAUGGUGUUGAGGGAUGAGCUUUUUAAUCGGUUGGUGGCUAUUAAUGGGCAGAAGUGGGAGUGUUGGUAG